AUGUCCCUCAACUCCAGUCUUCCUCUGCUGACAAGUCACCCACAGGAGGAAAUUGGCUGCACCGAACGGCCCCGAAUCGACUGGACAAACAGCAAUGUCGACUGGGUGACCUCGGGGGCCCACGGCCAGAGGCUCUGCAUCGACGACGUGAGCUAUUGGCUCCUCGCGCCGCGCAAGUUCAACCAGUGCAAGACGACGGCCGAAGGGGACGUGCUCAGCUGUCCCGCCUACGACGUGCCGCCCGGUUUCGAUGCGCUGGAGAACAACGAGUACGACGUCAACGUGCGCGACGUCGUCGAGGGCUCCAUCAACACGUGGGUACACAACGGACGCAGGAACGGGGGGCCCAUCCCGGACAUCAACACCGAAGCCAUGGACGCGAUUGUCGAGCGGAGCCUCCGGGCGCCUGGCUUCUUCAGGAUCCCCGUCUGCGACAUGGCCGAGGUCAGGGACAACUGGGAGAAGGCGUACAAUGCGCAGUCCGCGCCCACACGAGAGUUCACGCAAGUCCCCGUGACCUCGCUCGCAUUCUGCCAGACACACGGUGGCCGCAAGUUGGUCCUGUCAGGGGAGGACACGGAAGUCAGGGUCUACGACGCAGAGUCGUCCGCGCUCCUCUGCCGUGUCCCUGUCUUCCACGAGCAGCCUGUCCACGGUCUGUCCAUAUCGGACGGGAAAGUCCUGGCAUGGGGCGCCAAGCAUGUCGCCGCCUUUGAGAUCCGGGGCGUGGAGGAAGGCAUACGUCCACGGGUGGUUAAGGCGCUGGCACCAGACUGGAUCUACGAUGGGCGGUGGAAUCCGUUCAACACCUCGUCGGCCGUGCUCGUGACGGCGCAUAACGAGGUUGUCAGCUUGAUUGUGGCCCUUGAUGAAGGCAAGAUGGGUUGCACAGAGGUGGUCUCGCCUGCGCGACCGAAUCUCUACUCGGCAGAGCUCGCGUGGCUAGAUGAGCACACAGUUCUCGUGGCUGCCGGCACAGCGUUUGGUGAGAUUCUGAUUUGGAAAUACUACACACAAAAAGAUGCGAGUGAUUCGUCUUCGUCUUAUGAGAUGCUCUUUGUCUUGACGGGACACGAGGGCUCGAUUUAUGGGGUCAGCAUUGCGCCAGAAGCGAUCGACAUCCACGGGGAGAGUGUCCGGCUUCUGGCGAGCUGUAGCGACGACAGGACGGUACGAGUGUGGGACAUUACGGAGAGGGCCGCGAACAAGAAGACGUACGACAGUGGUCACUUCAACAAGGCCAGGGAGACUGGCUUUACCGACUACUUGGCGGCCGACAGCCAGCCCGUCAUGGACGCUGUGCCGCCCGUGUCGAUGGCCAUGGGUCACCUGUCAAGGAUAUGGGGCGUCGAGUUUGGCGCCGGUCCGAGCACGGACAUGGCCAUUUACACAUUCGGAGAGGACGCAACGACGAAUAAGUGGCAGCUUGUCAUACAUCCUCCCGCAUCUCCCGACGAUGUGGACGCUGGGAAAGCCCUGACGGGUCGACUGCAUCUUGUCAAGACGUACUCCUACCACGAUGGGAAACAUUUGUGGUCACACACGGUCCUCAGAGAGCAACAACGUACCCUCAUCGCGACAGGCGGGGGUGAUAGCCGGAUCACACUGAUCAACGACGAGCGACGAUCACAGCUCGAGGCCGACUCUCAUGAUGACUCGUCGACAAAGCUUGACGUGCGGGACAUUUGUCCGGUCGACUCUGUAGUGCUGCCACCAAGCAAGAAGCCAGAAGUGCUAGGUCGCUUCGACUUUAUAGCCCCUGGCCAGAUACUCAUGACGACAUCCACCGGUAGGCUUUUACUGGGACACCUCGGCUCCUCUCGUCGUGCGUGGGAGCGCAUUGAGUUGGAGGCGUCCGUGCAGGAGGAUCUCAAGGGAUGCUACGUGCUCAAGUGCGCCUCGCCGGGGAAAGCGGUGCUAGGCACAACCGGAGGCAACGUCUACCUGUACAAUGGGAAAGCAGGCACCAUUGCCCACGUAACGCACGUGAAAGGAAAGAUCACCGACAUCUACUGCCUCAGCCAGCCUGGACAGAUGUCGCAGAUUGAGAUCUUGGUCCACGUAUUUGGCGACGUACAGCCGCAGUACCUCGUCCUCGACCACGAGACGGGCAACAUACUCGAUGCGGUGGAUCUAUCAGGGCUCGAUUACCGCUUCGUGACCACGUCUGCGACCAAGAUAGGAGACUAUCUCCUCAUGGGCUCCCGGAGUGGUUGGCUGUCUGUCAUGAGCCGGCGUGGUCCGGGCUACAGCCGCGUCCUCGAGUUCCCCUGCCCCAACAGGGACGCCAUCACCUCGGUCGUGCCGUUGCCGAGACGCGCGGGCGAGAAGGCCCCGGGGACGGAGUUCUACAUCCUGCUGACCACGCGAGACGGAAAAUACCGAAUCUACGAGUUCACGCACGCCCCCGACGCCUCCUCGCCGAGUCUGGCGCUGUGCCACGAAGCGUGGCUGCCCUUUGGACCGAUGAUCGAGGGCGCGUGCUUCACGGCCGAUGCCACGCCCGAGCUUUUGAUCUAUGGUUUCCGAAGCAAGCACUUUGUGGUAUGGAACGAGACGCGGCGCGAGGAGUGCCUGUCCGUCGACUGCGGCGGUGCCCAUCGCACGUUCAGCUUCCAGCCUGGGGCGCUGGCCACGGAUCCAUUGCGAUGCGCCUUUACAAAGGCGUCCAGACUGAGCCUGUACGCGCAGCAGGCCUCGCACGCCCGGCAUCUGAAGAGCCGGGGCACGCACGGUAGGGAAAUCCGCGCGUUGAGCUCCAACGGUCGGUACCUGGCCACGGGCGCGGAGGACACGUCAAUUCGCAUCUGGGACUACCGAGGGCUGCAGGGGGAUAUGCAGUGCCUGGCGUCCAUGAAAACGCACGUCACGGGGAUCCAGUCGGUCAAGUGGCUUGGCGACAACUAUCUGCUCAGCAGCGCCGCGAACGAGGAGCUUUUUGUGUGGAGGGUGAGCCCGCUCAAGACGGCCUCGACGACGUAUCCCGUCCUGGGCGUCAUCUGCGAAGCCAUCUUUGACGACAAGACAGCCGUGGGGGACCUGCGUAUCCUCGACGUGGACGGCGGUGUCGUCCAGCAGGAUGGGGAGGAGGAGGCUCUGGUGCUCAGCUUGGUCCUCUCCAACUCCACAUUCCGCACGUACAGGUAUACGCGCCCCACGGGGUUCCAGCUUCUCGCAAAGGGCGCCUACACGGGUGCGUGUCUCACCCAGGUCCGUCAGCUUGGCCGGCUCGGGGUGGAGGGAGGAGAGUCGGCACUGGUGGUGACAGCCGCCACGGAUGGGCAUCUGGUCCUGUGGAGGGCCAUUGCGCAAGAAGGAGAGGCCGCCGAUUCUUCAGCGUUGGUGUACACGCUGGCGGCAUCGCUGCGACUGCAUCAGAGUAGCAUCAAGUGUCUCGACAUGGUGGCACUGUCAGACGCAGAGGCGGUCAUUGUGACCGGAGGCGACGACAACGGACUCGGUAUCACGACUCUCGCAAGGCGUGGGGGAGAAUUGGCCUUUUCGAGCAGGGGCAUUGUCCCCAGUGCGCAUGCGGCGGCCAUCAAUGGGGUGAUUGCGGCGAGGAAGCAGGAUGGCGUUGUCGUGGUGAGCGUCAGCAACGACCAGCGUGUCAAGACGUGGUGGAUCCGUCAGCACGAUAGGGCUGUCGCCAAGACGGGUGAUGUGUACAGCGGCGUCGCCGAUGCGGGAGAUGUCGAGUUCCUGGACGAGGAAGCUGGCCAGUUUGUGGUCGGGGGCGUGGGCCUCGAGAUCUGGCACGUUUGAUGUUGAAGGGAUCGACGUGGCAGAUUGACGUGCAACGUCGUGCGUAGGUAUUAUUAUCCUCAAGGCUCAUGCAUGUGGCCGAUCAUGCGUCUUGUAUCCCUGCCAUCCCCCCUAAAUGAAACAUUCCGUUCAAACAACCAGUGAAGCAGUUUGGAAUGCCCGUCGGUGCCGUCACCACAGGCAGUCUCGCUCCCAUGCCUCCACGUUUCACAUACG